AGCCGCACGUCUCGGACCAGGGGGGUGCGGCCCGGAAAAAGCGAGUCUAGACGGCGAGCCUGAGGGGGUGGUGAGAGAGGGCAAGGCCCGCCUCUCGGUAGGGGAAUGACAGUCCAGAAGCUCUGGGGUCCCGCUGAGCCGCUUCAGUCUCAGGGGAAGGAGGCGUAGUUGUGUGGAAGCUAGAAGAGGUCCUAGUUAGGGAGGAGGAUUGAGCCGAGCUGCCCGAACAGGCGAGGCCUAGGUCAUCUGUUUUAGAUCAUGUUGGUUGAGGAAGGACUGUUAACCAGAAAAUGACCCUGAUCCAGGUGGUAAGGGUCACAAUCUUGAGUCGAGCAGACAUAGCAACCCAGAAUUGCAUUUUGUGCCAGUAUAAAGCCAUCAUGGGGUGUAUGAAGAUUUGGUGCGUUUUGGCUCUGGGCAUCCUGAUCUCCAUCACCCAGGCUCAUACUGAUUUCUUCACAUCAAUUGGCCAGAUGACAGAUCUGCUAUACACAGAGAAAGAUCUGGUGACUUCGUUGAAAGAUUACAUCAAAGCUGAAGAGAACAAACUAGGUGAAAUCAAACGGUGGGCAGAAAAGCUGGACCUACUUACUGAGACGGCUACAAAAGAUCCAGAAGGAUUCCUUGGUCAUCCGGUGAAUGCCUUUAAAUUGAUGAAACGAUUGAACUCAGAGUGGGUGGAGCUGGAAAAUUUGGUCCUUAAGGAUAUGUCAGACGGAUUCAUUUCUAAUCUCACUAUUCAGAGACAGUACUUCCCUAAUGAUGAAGACCAGACUGGAGCUGCUAAGGCCCUGAUACGUCUCCAGGACACGUACAAUCUAGAUGCAGACACCAUCUCUCAAGGCAACUUGCCCGGUGUGAAGCAUAAAACAUCACUCUCAGUAGAGGACUGCUUUGAGCUAGGGAAAGUAGCCUACUCAGAUGCAGAUUACUACCACACUGAACUGUGGAUGGAACAGGCACUGAGGCAGUUGGAUGCUGGUGAGGUAUCCACCAUUGACAAAAUCACCGUACUAGACUACCUGAGCUAUUCAGUGUAUCAGCAAGGUGACCUGGACAAGGCACUGGAACUCACAAAAAGGAUGCUGAUACUGGAUCCAGAGCACCAGCGAGCAAAUGGAAACCUGAGAUAUUUCGAGUACAUGAUAGCUGACCAGAAAAAAAAGCUGGAUGAAGCCCUGGAAUCUAAAGGAAGCAAAGCAGGGAGUAUUUUGGAGACCAAGAAAGGGCGUCCAAAGGAUUACCUGCCAGAAAGACAGAAAUAUGAAAAGCUUUGCCGAGGAGAAGGUAUCAAAUUGACUCCUCGAAAGCAGAGAAAGCUCUUUUGCCGUUACACGGACGCAGGCAGGAAUCCACUAUACGUUCUGAAACCUGUGAAAGAGCAAGAUGAAUGGGACAAACCUCGAAUUAUCCGUUACAUUGAUAUCAUAUCUGACCAGGAAAUUGAACGCGUGAAAGAGUUAGCAAAGCCAAGGCUGAAGCGUGCCACAGUGCAUGACCCUCUGACUGGCCAGUUGACAGUUGCAACUUACAGAGUCUCUAAAAGUGCUUGGCUGUCAGGUUAUGAAGAUCCCGUAGUACAGCGUAUUAACAAGCGGAUAGAAGAUAUCACGGGGCUUGAUGUUUCCACAGCAGAAGAGCUGCAGGUGGCCAAUUAUGGGGUUGGGGGCCAGUACGAGCCUCAUUUUGACUUUGGACGGAAAGAUGAACCUGAUGCUUUCAAAGAACUGGGCACCGGGAACAGGAUUGCUACCUGGUUAUUUUACAUGAGUGAUGUAGCAGCCGGAGGAGCCACUGUUUUCCCUGAAGUAGGAGCAGCUGUGUGGCCACAAAAGGGCACAGCAGUGUUUUGGUACAAUCUGUUUCCCAGUGGAGAAGGUGACUACAGCACACGGCAUGCAGCUUGUCCAGUAUUAGUUGGAAACAAAUGGGUGUCUAACAAGUGGAUCCAUGAGCGUGGGCAGGAAUUCCGAAGAAGGUGUAACUUGUCAGAGCUGGAUUGAUGAGCUCACUGUUGGUGAAUUGCUCCCUGUCCACACCACCUACACUACAGCUCAGUCCUGUUUACACUUCUGUCAUUACUCCUUGUCUUUGUCCUCCACCCCUUAAGACUUCAUCCUGACUCAAACAUCCUUUUGUUUUAACACUAAAUGAAGACCUGGGCAGUGAGGUUUGCGUUUUAUAAUCUUUUCCAUUGACAGGUUUUAUUGAACUAGGCUGAGCUGGUUAAAUGACGGGAAAUGUUCCUCUAAAUCACGCAUUUGUCCUCUUAUUUUCCCACACGUUACAUGGCUCUUUUUUUACAAAUUGAUUUUUAUGGGGUGAUUUCAUGUUUCUGAAAUUGCAACGUGAAGCUGCACCCUCAGCAAGCAAAGAGAUGUUUGCUGGGAGUGAGCAUUCCUCCCUGAACAAAGCCUUGCUUGGGCAUCCUUUGCAAGAUGAGACUUCUUGGAAUAAUUCUGUUAAAACUGUUUCACGGAACUUUUUGAAUUAUAGUGCUGGAAGAGCAAUGCUUCAUGUUAGCCUGAAUAAUGAAGCAUUUUCCAGAAUGGAGUACCUGUAGGUAUGUUUGCUUAGACUAGUGUGCAUAUAAUGAUGUAGAUGGUUCUCUAAAAAUCACAUGUUCACUGACAAAGCCAUACAUGAUGUUGACAUUGGAAGUACAUUUUCCCUUUUGCUAAAUGUAACAGAAUCUAAAAACUUGAUGAACAUUAUGAAUCAUGAUCACUUUCUCAAACUAAUGUUAAUAACAGGAGUUAGUUUCAGAUUUGAGAUGUAAUUAACAAAGUACUAUGACUAAUUUUGUAGAACAUUUGACCAUGUACAUGGGGUGUACCAGAAAUACCAUUUAAUAGUGACAUCCUCUGCCUGAUGCACUCUGAAUGUAAGACUUGUGCUUUUUAAACACAUGGCACUCCAACUUUUACUCCCUUCCUAUGAAUCACAAUCAUUUGUUGCUCUCUUUUUAACUGUUAACUACCAGAUCCAGCAUACCCCAUUGCAACAUGAUAGUUGCACCCCUAGCAAUAUCAGUUCAUUAUUCCAGCAUCAGCAAUCAAUUGGAUUCUUAACAUAAUUUGGCUUGUCUUAGGCACCUUGGAAAUUGGCCAAAAAAUGUUGGAACGUAGAACAGUACAGGAACAGGCCCUUUGGCUAUGUAUAUUGUUUGGAUAUGUAUUUUUUUCAUUAGUUUUCAAAUGCGUGUGUGUGUGUAUAUAUAUUACACAAUCAUUGUUCGCCCUCACCCUUUUUUUAAGCUGACCUGAAUAAUCAGGUUUUAAAAGAAACAAUCAAUCAGUGGGUAAACUUUUUAAUGUGUGAAAAAUGUUAAAAAUGAAUGUUUUUAAACUGUAGAGCGUCAGGGUGGGUGGGAGAUAAUGUGAAAAAAUAACACUAACAUAAUGAUAUGCCCAAGAGGAUCUUUUUCAAAGGAAAAGUGCUUUUUCUGUGCCAUUGGUGGGAGAAAUGUGUAUUUAUAUAUCUUUAUUUUAAAAUAAAACCUGCCCUUUUCUUUCUUCCCAAGAUACCAUUUCCUUUAGUGUCUCAUUAUGUACUUGGCUGCAGGGGUAGUUUUCAACUUUACAUGCCACACAACUGUAGUCUCAGGAAUAAAACAAUCAGAGCCAACUAGUCUGAGGCAAAUGUACUUAACUUGCCUGAAUGUCAGAAUGCAGGAUGGAAACCUAUUAGAUUUGUUUAGUGAGCUAAACACUAGCUCACAUCUCACUGUUACUUAAUUUAAAAAAUGGAAAGCAGUUUAUUACGAUCAAUGCAACUUCAUAUAAUUAAAAAAGGCUUCUCUGACUUCAAGUUGCAGUAGGGUACCCAGUACAGUGAUGGAGAAUUACCACUACCAAUGGGAAGUCCCAGCUGAUGAGGGGAGGCAAAGUGAGGUGCAGUACCAACAUCCCAUCCCGUGACCAGAUCAGGGGAGACAGAGAGGCACAGUGUCCAAAUCCCAUCCCAUUACCAGCAAAAGAGACAGUGGUCAAUUUGUCAAUCUGCCACCAAAACACCCCCUUGUGAAGAAAGUGCUGUACACAGGAUUGAGAAUUGGCACGUCUUCUGGCCCUCCUCUGAAUGGUUUAAGAACCUCUGCAGAAAGUGCAAGAGUGGUCAGUUACUUGUACAGACAGGUGAUCUUUUAUGAAAUCAGCCUUUUUAUGGUUUCUAUCGCUCUCACCCCAGCACCUUUCACUCAGGAUGGGCUCCCCAGGCGAGUUUAUAAUGCAGUGGCUGUGGACCACUCCACCCUGUGUCAAUCAAGUGAGUGCUACCAGUGCCAACCUUGUAGGUAUUGGAACCUGCUCCCUACCAUGCCAAUAACCAUGACCCAUCAAUCUGGAACUUGACAAGUGCCACUGGAUUUGAACUCACUCACCUGCUUCUCCUCUAUGAAUGAAGCAGGGCCACUAGACUUUGGCACCUUUAAUAACCAUUCUCCCUCCCUUCUCAUAAAAUACUAAUUAAAAGAUGUUAUAUUUUUCUGAACAUAAAAAGUUGCAGAGACAGGAGUUGUCUGAAUGAUGGGUUCUGUUUCCUCUUAUUCUAGAAUGCAAUCUUAUUAACCUAGUGCUGCUCCUACACACCUGAAUUUAGUGCUUUGACUAGUUUUGUUGUCCCUUCUGUUCCAAUGUAAACUUGAACAAGAAAAUAAAGUCUCACUGUGGCAGCAGUGAUAAUUUCU